AUGUCGCCUGCAACAGAGCUCAACGCUGAUGUCAUUAAUCUUAUCUUUGAGUAUAUGGAAGACAAUAUACCUGCUCUCUACAACUGCAUGCUGGUGAACAAAUACAUUUGCGGCAAAUUUACUCCUCUCUUGUACAAAGAUCCAUUCCAUUAUAUGAACACGCUUUUGAAAGAAAACACAAACAAAACAAUAAGAAAUAAAUGUAGAGCUCUCAUAACUACGUACAUCAAAUGUUUGCCUUUAGAUAAGCAGCUCUUCUAUCAUAAAGCGUGUGUCAUCGAGAAGCCAAGCUAUCCGAGGCAUCAACACGAACAAUACCUUAAAUCAUUGACAAUCAGUCACUUUAUAAUGGCGUUGAAUGCAACUAAAUAUCAUCAAAUUGCCGAUUCGCAUGGCGCCUUUUAUCACGAUCUUAUAACGUUAUUGGUGACCGGCAAGAAACUGCAAAUGCUUCAUAUAGAAGACACGCAUUUUCAUAUUUUCAAAGAUUUUCUUCAAGAUCUUUCACCUUCGCUAAAAUGGUUGCGUUUGGAUAUGAAAUAUUACGUUAAUGGAGACAUUAGUCAUCUUAUUGAUAAAUUACCUAACGUUGAGAGUCUGGUCAUUUCAUUUGCCAAAUCAGAAAUUGAUUACAAUCUGUUGGAGAAUAUGGGAAGAAUAAAAGAAUCGCUGAAAAGGCUGGAUAUUGAAGGCGGUUUUGGAAAGAUAGAUUGCAGAUUUCUCCGUAUAAUGAGGGAAUAUAAGCAAUUGAGAGCCAUAUAUAUUAUUAAAAAAGAAAAUAUUGAUACUGAUGUGCUGAGAUUUGCAAGCUUAGGGAAAUCCGAACUUAGAAAGAAGGUUGCUGAGGUCAAGAAUGAGGACGUCCUGCUUGAGGCGGCCAAGGAUCUCGAGAGCUGCAGAAUCGAGGAGGUGGAGCGAACAGUUCAGCUUGACCUGAUUGUGAAAGAAAUGGUACCAGCUGAGCAGAAGUCAUUGGAAGAAAAGGAGAUCGAUUCUUUCCUGGAUUCAGAGAAUAAGAAAAUGGUUACAAUAGAGAAUUUAGAAUUUAGAUCAGAAUCACAUGACCAUUCUCCAGUUGGUUACCAUAUCAAGACCGUUGAACGCCGAUCAUUAGCAAAAACCUUGGUGCCGAAAGUAAAGUAUACUAUUGAACCAUUCCGAGCAUUUUCGACGAGAGAUAUAAAAUUGACAUGUUUGAAAUACAUACCCCCAUCUUCCUCAGCCCUACAAUACAAUCCACCCUUGUCGAUUCGAGUUCCAGAAUUACAAUUUCCCAACCCAUCCCUCGAAGGCAAAAAUAUAAUGCGACUAUUGGAUGAAGAAGAAGUCAAGCGCGCAACUGACAAUAGAGCGGAACUCUUUGCAAAGCGAGGAAAAACCCGUAUUAUUCCUGGUGACGUUCUAUUAGUUGAAUCAUACACGAACCAAACAAAUAGGGGUUCUUCUAUGUUUGCAGGAAUAUGUAUUGCAAUUCGGCGAAGUGGACCCGAUAGUAGUUUCACGUUGAGGAACAUUAUAAUGAAAGUUGGGGUUGAGCAAAGGUUUCCAGUGUUUUCGCCAUUGAUUAAGAGCAUUAAGAUAUUGCAAAGGGGUAAAGGUUAUAGGAGGGCGAAGCUUUUUUAUUUGAGAGAUGAACCAGGCAAGACUGUUCGGAUUAGUGGGGCGAUGAGAGAAGAAUCCAGGAAGGGGAGAAACAACAUAGAUCAAAAGAAAUAA